GGGUUUUUUUUUUUCUUUCUUUUUUUUUUUCUUUCUCCUGCUUAGUGGUUUGUGUACGGGGAUGGCGAAAGAACCGUACAUGAUAGGAGGCCUUUACCCUUUGCACGACUGACCGAUAGGGAGCCACUGACGCCUAAGCAGCCCGUGGGAAAGGAGAGGCAAACGGACGAGAUCAUGGGACACGGAGUAGGCUAAACUGGAGUCCCAAGUAACAACUGACAUGGCCACAGCCUCGCUCAGAGCAGAGUCAAGCCAUAACUACAGAGGAACAUCACAACUCCAUGCAGUUGUUUCCUGUGCCAAAAUCAAGAGGAAGAAAAGCUUAUUUGGAGUUGCCAUUUACGUGGAGGUGACCGCAGAGGGGGAAUCGCGGCGCACGGCAAAAUCCCACAGCUCAUCUAGUCCGAAAUGGGAUGAAAGGCUUACUCUGAAUGUAACACCGCGCAGCCAGGUGGACUUCAAAGUAUGGAGUCAUCACACCUUGAAGGCCGACGCCUUGCUGGGCAAAGCCUCUCUGGAUCUGAUAGAAACCUUGGAGCAACAUGAAAGCAAAUUGGAGAAUGUGAAGGAGGUGCUGAAGCUGAGUGUGGAGCACAAGGGCGUUAUGGUGCCAGCAGGGGAACUGACUGUAUACCUGGACGGGCUUACUGUUAACGAUCAGGAGGAACUGGCACCAUUAACCAACGGGAAUGCAGAAAAUGGCUCGAAAGUCCAACAGAAUGGUGAUGCCAUCCAUGAAAAUGCAGAAUCUUCUUCCUCAAGGGCUGCCAACAGCACAGUGAAUGGGACAGACCCGGGCCUCCGUUCAGCUUCCUGUUCAGCCUCAAAUGGCUUGGAUAGUCAGGUGCCUUCUAGUUCCUGUAGCCCGGCCCUCAGUCGCGUCGUCAAUGGCGACGUCACGCCCAACUCCACACCAAGUCAUCAACCCUCAGAUAGUGAUACAGAGAGCAGGACUCUGGCAUCUGCUACAACAGGUGAUGUGUUGCCCCAAGCAGAAAACCCAGAGGAUCAUACUCCAGAUGCCCUUCUGCCAGAUUCCGACACAGCAACAAAUGGCACAUCUCAGCCGCCGCCUGCACAGGCUCCCACCUUUUCUUCUGCCGCUAAGCCGAAUGAUGGUGCUGUUGCCUCCUCCUCCGUCCCCGGUGCCGUCCCCGGUGCCGCCGCCGCCGCCGCUGCUGCCGCCGCCUCAUCGGCGUGCAGUUCCUCAGCACAGGGGGCCACCGCUAUCACGACACCCUCAUCAUCAGUGUCCGCCUCCCCAGUGCCGGGGGAAGCAAAUACGUCAGCUGCCAGUGGGAGCAGUAGUAGCGCUGCAACAGUAACUACCGAUGGGGCCAAACCCAGACAGCAGGCCCCUGCAGCUGGAACCCCAGAUCCUCUUCCACCUGGGUGGGAGCAGAGAAAAGACCCACAUGGGAGAACAUAUUACGUCGACCACAACACCAGAACUACCACCUGGGAAAGACCUCAGCCACUUCCACCAGGAUGGGAGCGUCGUGUCGAUGACCGGGGCAGGAUCUAUUACGUGGAUCAUAACACCCGAACCACCACGUGGCAGCGUCCCACGAUGGAGUCAGUCCGGAAUUUUGAGCAGUGGCAGAGUCAGCGCAGCCAGCUGCAAGGAGCUAUGCACCAGUUUAACCAGAGAUACCUCUACUCUGCAUCCAUGAUGUCUGCUGAGAACGAUCCUCUUGGCCCGUUGCCUCCUGGUUGGGAGAGACGUGUCGACUCCAAUGACAGAGUGUACUUUGUCAACCACAACACAAAGACAACACAGUGGGAGGAUCCCCGAACCCAAGGGCUGCAGAAUGAGGACCCUUUGCCCGAGGGUUGGGAGAUUCGCUACACAAGGGAAGGCGUUCGAUACUUCGUAGAUCAUAACACCAGAACGACGACGUUUAGCGACCCCCGCACUGGAAAGUCCUCUGUCACCAAAGGUCCACAGAUAGCAUAUGAGCGCAGCUUCCGAUGGAAACUUGCCCAUUUUCGCUACUUGUGCCAGUCGAAUGCCCUCCCGAGCCAUGUGAAGAUCACCGUAUCUAGGCAGACAUUGUUUGAAGACUCAUUCCAGCAGAUUAUGGCCCUGAAACCUUAUGACUUGAGACGGAGACUUUACGUCAUCUUCCGAGGCGAGGAAGGUCUUGAUUAUGGAGGCUUAGCCCGGGAGUGGUUCUUCUUGUUGUCUCAUGAGGUGCUGAACCCCAUGUACUGCCUGUUUGAGUACGCUGGCAAGAGCAACUACUGUCUGCAGAUCAACCCAGCUUCUGCUAUCAACCCAGACCACCUCUCCUAUUUCUGCUUCAUAGGCAGAUUUAUUGCAAUGGCACUUUUUCAUGGAAAGUUCAUCGACACGGGCUUCUCCCUGCCUUUCUACAAACGUAUGCUCAAUAAGAAGCUCAUUCUUAAAGACUUGGAGUCCAUCGACCCAGAGUUUUAUAACUCUCUCAUAUGGAUCAGGGACAACAACAUUGAGGAGUGUGGUCUGGAGAUGUAUUUCUCAGUCGACAUGGAGAUCUUGGGCAAAAUCACAUCCCAUGACCUCAAACCCGAUGGCACCAACGUGCUUGUCACUGAGGAGAACAAGGAGGAGUACAUCAGUUUAAUGGCUGAGUGGAGGUUCUCCCGUGGAGUUGAAGGUCAAACCAAAGCUUUCCUGGAUGGUUUUAAUGAGGUGGUUCCACUUCAGUGGCUCCAGUAUUUUGAUGAAAAGGAGCUGGAGGUCAUGCUGUGCGGCAUGCAAGAGGUGGACCUGCAGGACUGGCAGAGGAACACAGUAUAUCGCCACUAUACCAGGAACAGCAAACAGAUCAUCUGGUUCUGGCAGCUUGUGAAAGAAGUGGACAACGAAGUACGUCUGCGCCUCAUGCAGUUCGUCACUGGAACUUGCAGGCUUCCUCUGGGCGGCUUUGCUGAGCUCAUGGGAAGUAACGGGCCUCAGAAGUUCUGCAUUGAGAAAGUUGGUAAAGAAACAUGGCUUCCCAGGAGCCACACAUGCUUCAACCGUCUGGACUUGCCCCCUUACAAAAGCUUUGAGCAGCUCAAAGAGAAACUCCUCUUCGCCAUCGAGGAAACGGAAGGAUUCGGACAAGAAUAGACGGAGCCCCCCCUCCCACUUUUUUUCUCCUCCCCCUCAUCACUGAUCGUUUGACCGAAAUCAAUCAAAUAAUUGCACAAGAUAACCACCAAUGUAAAUAAGCUAUUUUAUCAGUUUUAACCAAUCUUAAUUUGCAGCGUCAUUCUUGCCGCAAUCUGUUUUUUAAUAUAUGGAACCCCCAUCAUGAUAUAUGCAAGCCUCCCUACCUUUUUAAUCUUCUGUUUAAAAAUACAGAAAACAUAUUUUAAAAAUGACGGCUUUUGCGGAAAAAAACGUAUAGUGUUUUUGGACAUGAUUUAUUGUCUAAUGAAAUCUUUUUUUUUUUUUUUUUUUUUAAGCUCUAGUUCUAUAGAGCUUUUAAGCAGUUUUCAUCAAGUGGAUAAAAAAACAAACAUUUCCUGUAAAAUAUGUUUGCGUGCUUUUAAAAAAAUAUAUUAGGCCUAUACAAUUCGGUCAGCAAAUUAAAAUCAUAUUCACCUAGAGGGAAGCACUUUGGGUUAUUAACUAAAUCAUUAGUUAAUAAACAGUGACCGGGGGUUUGUUUAUAUUCGAUUAAUCAAUAGGAAAAUCAAUUACAAAAAUAUUGUGACAGCCCUACAACAGUCAAAUCUGCGAGCGCCCGACAGCUGAAUCGUUUCUAUAGGGCUCUUUCUGUUUCCAUCGAAUUUCAUGACUGUCUUUAAUUGUUCAUCUGAAUUGUACAGGAUGUUUUGAUUUGCAAAAAAUAUUAUACAGGGCAGUGAUGUAUUUUAUUUUUGUCCUGCUUCCAACUGCUGAGUCAAAGUGCCCUCACACACACUUGGACUCUUGUUGAAUACAACCGAAAUUACCCAUGACAAACAGUCACUGGUGACUUAUUGUGUAAAAUGUUGCAGGGCCACGGUGACAUGUUCCAGCCCACCUCGGCUGGCAGUGAGGCGGAAUGACACGCUGAGUCAAGAGUUUAGGUGUCAAACCUUUUCCUCUUGAUUCCAGCGACAAUGUGCUUUAAAUUAUUUAUAUAACGAAAAAAAAAGAUGCAGUACAGU